AUGUCCCUGAUCGAGCUGGGGAACCCGUCCCAGAGCCUGGAGAACGUGUGUCGCUGGGCCUUCCUGCAGCAGAAGCAGGACACGGGGGAUGCUGAGUACCACGACCACGCCAUCUUCCUCACACGCCAGGAGUUUGGACCCACCGGCAUGCAGGGUUACGCCCCGGUGACGGGCAUGUGUCACCCAGUGAGGAGUUGCACCCUGAAUCACGAGGACGGCUUCUCAUCCGCCUUCGUGGUGGCCCAUGAGACCGGACAUGUGCUGGGUAUGGAGCAUGACGGCCAGGGGAACCGCUGUGGGGAGGAGGUCCACAUGGGCAGCAUCAUGGCUCCCCUGGUUCAGGCGGCCUUCCACCGCUUCCACUGGUCCCGCUGCAGCCAGCAGGAGCUGGGGAGAUACCUGCAUUCCUACGACUGUCUCCGUGACGACCCGUUUGACCAUAAUUGGCCGUCGUUGCCUCAGCUGCCGGGCCUGCACUACUCCAUGAACGAGCAGUGUCGCUUCGACUUCGGAGUAGGCUACAUGAUGUGUACCGCGCUGCAAAAGGUUGGCCAAACAGGACAACAGUACCGGACCUAUGACCCCUGUAAGCAGCUCUGGUGCAGUCACCCUGACAACCCCUUCUUCUGCAAGACCAAGAAGGGACCACCCAUCGACGGUACCAUGUGUGGAGACGGGAAGCACUGCUUCAAAGGUCACUGCAUCUGGCUGACCCCUGACAUCAUCAAGCAGGAUGGGAACUGGGGCUCGUGGAGCCAGUACGGGGAGUGCUCACGCUCCUGCGGGGGAGGGGUGCAGUUCCGCACACGCGACUGUGACAACCCCAGGCCAGCUAACGGGGGCCGGACAUGCGCGGGGGCCACCUACCAGUUCCGCCUGUGCAGCAAGGAGCCGUGUGACGAGCUGGACAGCGACCCCAGGGAGCAGCAGUGCCGCGUCUGGAACGACCGCUUCGAGUUCUACAACCGCAAGCACACCUGGCUGCCAUAUGAGCACCCUGACACCAACAAGCGCUGCCACCUGCACUGUCAGUCCAAGGAGACCCAGGAUGUGGUGUCCAUGCAGAGGAUGGUGACGGAUGGAACACGAUGCUCCUACAAAGACCACUUCAGCGUGUGUGUGCGCGGGGAGUGUGAGAAAGUGGGCUGUGAUGGCUCAGUGGGGUCUCCUCAGCAGGAGGAUAACUGUGGGGUGUGUGGUGGAGACAACUCCAGCUGCAAGACCAUCAAAGACAACAUCAACCGCAUCGCCAAGAAACACGGCACUCACAAAGGUUUCCUCAAAGUCCUGGAGAUUCCACGAGGAGCAAGACACCUGCUGAUCCAGGAGCUGAAGGCUACCUCGCAUGUUCUAGCGGUGAAGAACCUGGUGUCGGGGCAGUUCUUCCUGAACGCUGAGGGAGAUUACCCAGAAUCCCGUUCUGUCAUCGAGAAGGGCGUGGAGUGGGAGUAUGACAAUGACAAUGACAAGGACACCCUGCAGACCAACGGGCCUCUCCGGCAUGGAGUCCUCGUCAUGGUGAGGAUCUAUGGUGAGGACGAGGUGAACCUGUCCUAUAAGUACAUCAUCAACGCAGACGAGCUGACCACCAUCGAGAGCAACACACUGGAGGAGGACUCUGCCUACGAAUGGGCCUUCAAGAAAUGGUCCUCUUGCUCCCGGCUCUGCGGUGGAGGUAAGCAGAUUGCUCGGUAUGGCUGUAGGAGGAGGGCAGACAGUAAGAUGGUCCAAAGACGUUUCUGUAAGAACCUCAAGGUCCCUCUGUCAGACAUUCAGGACUGCAACAAGGAGGCCUGUCCACCACCUGAGUGGGUGGUGGGUUCCUGGGAGGCCUGCAGCAAGGUGUGUGGAGACACGGGCACUCAGAAGCGCUCCGUCACGUGUGUCCAGACCUUCCGGAACGAGGCCCCCAGAGAGAUCCACAUGAAGUACUGCAACGACCUUCGACCCGUGUCACGCCAAGCCUGCAACCGCCAGCCCUGCCCUGGCCAGUGGAGGGAGGGGCCCUGGUCACAGUGCACGGUGUCGUGUGGUAACGGCACCCAGCGCAGGGUGGUCAGCUGUGGCAUGCCAGACACCAGGAACAAGUGUUCAGAGAGGAGACCAGAGAACGUCCGCACCUGUCGCCUAGCACCCUGCCUCAAAGGCUCCUCCGACCAGAGCAAGAACGGCAACAUCCUGAUUCAGUGGUUGUCGCGUCCGGACCCAAACUCCCCCAACCAGCGCAUCUCCUCCCGCCAGCGUUGUCACGGAGACCGAUCAGUGUUCUGCCGGAUGGAGGUUUUGAAGAACUACUGUUCUCUGCCGGGGUACCAGAGGAUGUGCUGCAAGUCCUGUAGUAACUCCACCCUCACACACACCCUCCCGCCCUCCAGUACCUCCCCCACCAGGGUCAACACCUCCUCCACCACCAGGGUCACUACCUCCUUCCUCACCAGGGUCACCACCUCCUCCACCACCGGGGUCUCCACCUCCUUCACCACCAGUCAACCCAUGGUCACCUCCCAUCCUGCCCCUCUGCCCCCACCUGAGAUAAGAGACCACAGUCCUCACCGGGAUCCCACACCGACAUCAACACACACCCCUAUACACACUGCAUACACAACAGACACACCUAUACACACUGCAUAUACAACACACACACCUGAUAAUUGGUCAGAUCUAACCACCUCUACCUGGCUAGACCUACCAGAGUACAUCCCUCUCAGUGUCACUGUCCCCAUGGAAACCCAGACGCCCCCUCCAGAACUGACCCCCACUACUGCAUCUCUGACAACAAUCACCAUGGCAACCACAGAGCAGAGUCCUGCCCAGUCCACUGGGGAGGAAAGCAACGCCAUCCAUCUCCCCGUCGGGCUGGGGGGCGGGGACAGCUACCUGUCCCAGACCAAUCAAAUCGCGCGGCGCAGAGUGUUCCUACGGGAACGCACGCGCAACAAACGUAUCGAGGAGCUGCUGGAGGAGAAGAGAAACUUCCUGCUCCGCAUGAAGAGAGGGCACAGCACCUGA